AUGCGGGUUGCGCGAGACCUCUUCCCCAUCCCGCAAUUCUGGGUGUCCGAGUUUGACUACGUCUCGGUUCUCUUCGUCGAUCGGCCCCUAGCCAUCUCGACCACACCCCAGAACAUGCUACUGGCCCUCGCAGACUUCUACAUAGCCCUCAGUAAACGCCCUUACACUGGCGUGGGGAGCCUUACAACCCUCAACGACAAGGUCAUUGUCAGCCAGCUCAUCACUCCCAGCAGAACACAUGGCGUAUUCCCCUCCACGUCCGAGGCGCAUAUCGCUCGCCUCGACGACAUGAUCGAUGAUCUGGGAAAUACGCAGGUUGUUAGAGAUCGCUUGAACCGCUUUUGUUUGGCAUUGGAGGCGCGGGAACUUGUCCGCGAGUGCGAGGAGAUGAAACAUGUCGGCCAGACGUUCUUACGCCACCACAACUUGGAAAAAAACCUCAUCCUAACCGAGAAUGGACUGAGCGUGUCUAAUUGGGAAUACGCAUGUACAGCUCCAUGGCUUGAAGCCUUCGCUCUCCCCCGCUCCCUCCUGGACUCUUCCUACGCAUCUUCGAAUAAAAUCACAGCAGCUGAACGAACCCUCGAGACCAUCUUCAAUGAGAAAGGCGCUCGCCGUCUUGCAGCUGGCCUGAUUCGCUCAAGGAAGUAUCACCGCCUCCACGACGUGUACGACUGCCCCCCAAUCACCGUCGAGAGUGUAUACCUCCUCCGUCAAUCCUUCAAUCCCCAAACUGAGCGCCCGUCUUCCCUCAUGUCUUGGCGAAAGGAUAUCCUCCGACGAUACGCAGUGCCUGAAGUUCGCCAGUUUGUGGGUAACGUCAUGGGCCUCGAGGACUUGUGGUACACUUGCGAUGUGCGGGUCGGCCAGCGGCUGGUGAAGGAGUUGAAGCAUAUCGUUGACCAGCUGGACUUCGCCUCCCGGCCACACGAUGAGGCGGGCGAAGCGCUCUUGGAGUUGGCAGAACGAGCCGACCUCACUAUUGAGGGUUUGGAGGGGCGUAUUGCGCGGAUCGAGCAUGACGGUGCGUAA